UUAAGUUGAACUUCGCACCAUGGAGCAGAAGCGUGCCAUGCUCUAUCCACAAGUGGAUUACAACACGCCCAGCGCUCCGCUGCCAUCGCCAACAAACGAAUUGACUGUGCCAACGCUUGAGGCGCCGCCAUCAUACGAUGUGGCAAUUGCAGCACAAACUCCGAUUGUGAUUGCACAGUCACAACCACAGCCGCCGCCACCACCACAACAACAACAACAACAACAACAAGAACAACAUCAACAAACACGACGACAGCAGCCAGAACUGUUGGAGCCCACAUUAGUGCAACCAGCACCCACGAACUUAGGCCCAAACCCUUGCCGUGUGCUGUGUCCGGCUUGUGGCGCACAGAAGAACACACGCAUGACGCACACAGCCAACGCGAGGACUCACCUGGCCGCCGCGCUCAUCUGCUUAGUGGGCUGGUGUGUCUGUGCGUGCUUUGUACCCUAUUGCAUGAAUAGCUGCCGUACAGGUAAUCACUAUUGCCGCAAGUGCAAUACCUUUCUAGGUGUCUACAAUCCGCAGGGCGUUAAAUGAUGCAGAGAAACAAGCGAAAACUGAUGAGCGCAAUAAAUUAAGAUAAGAUAAGCAAGAGACGUUGAUCUAUAUAAAUAAGCAGUCGCUUCACGCAGCCUAAAAUGUCAGCUGUUUGUAUUAUAAUAAUAUAACUAUUUGUUUAAGUCUAAUAUUCGUGCAUACAAAUAUAAUGCGCACAUGCAUACAUAUGUAGAAGCAUGUCUUUAUGUAGAUUCAUACAUGAGCAUGUAUGUGUGUGUGUGUAGAAAACGAGUUGCGUUCGGUUUUCUGCUCUUGACGGCCUUUGAGCUCCAUUUUUGCAAGUUGCGUGGGCGUAAUAACGCUUGCUUCUUAAACACACAUAACUAUUAAUAACUGCACACAAGAAAAAAAAACAAAACUUGAGCCACUCAAAAUAAUAAUUUAGAUUUUGUUCCGUUUAACUGCUUA